AGGCUGGGAAGAUGUCUAAGCUUGAAGAACACAUGGAGGGAAUCAUCAAUAUCUUCCACCAAUACUCAGUGCGCGGGGGUCAUUAUGACAGACUCGAGAAGGGUGAGAUGAAGCUGCUGUUGACAAAGGAACUAUCAAACACCCUCAAGAAUACCAGAGACCAAGCUACUGUUGACAGAAUAUUCCAAGGUCUGGAUACUGAUCGAAAUCAACAAGUCGACUUUCCAGAAUUCGUAGCCCUGAUAGCUUCUAUGCUGGAAACUACCCAUGGAAAUAUUCACAAAGAGUAGGAAGCUCUCUGAGGUCUUCUCCCAGCAAUGUCCCCAAGAAGGGCCCUUCCUUCCCCUACCAAAUCCUAGCUAAGCCUGAGGAGAGUGAAAGUUAAUAAAUGUGUUUGUGAAAAAUU